AUGACUUCGAAGAAGCAGUCCAAGAACAAAAAACCCAUGCUACUUUCUCACUCCCGUCCGCCAACAGCCAGAGCCAAAACCGCAUCCUUGUCUUCAAAAGCUACUCGGAAUCUCAUUCGUUCCCAUCAUCGUCUUCUCAAAUCCCGGGCUCAAGCUUUACAGUCGGGCGAUCAUGCUUUAGUCGACAAACUUGAUGCGCAAAUUCGAGAAAAUGGUGGUUUGGAAAGUUACCAAAUCGCCAGCAAGCUGGGGCAAUCAUCAGCCCGCGGGGGAGAUUCGAGCAAGGUCUUGGUUGAUUGGAUAGACCCACAACUGUCAUUAUUGAAAGACACACCUUUCCGACUUCGAGUGCUCGAGAUCGGAGCUCUCAGUACUAAAAAUGCGUGUUCCAUGAAGAAAUCGCUCGAUGUCACGAGGAUAGAUCUUAAUUCCCAGGAACCAGGGAUCUUGAAGCAAGACUUUAUGGAGAGACCGCUUCCUCACAGCGACGACGAUCGUUUUCACCUCAUCAGCUUGUCCUUGGUACUUAAUUACGUCCCAUAUGCCGAAGGAAGAGGAGAAAUGCUGAAGCGUUGCGUGACCUUCCUCACGAAUAAACUAGCAUCAGGCUGUCCUGUCUCCUUUGCACCUAGCUUAUUCUUGGUCUUGCCUCUUCCAUGCGUCAAAAACUCGCGUUAUCUCACCGAGAACAGGUUGCAGGAGAUACUGUCUAGCAUGGGAUUUGUUAUGACACAGAGCAAGCAAACUUCUAAGUUGAUAUUUCAGCUCUGGGAACAUCGCCAGGAUUACAAGCCGAAGCCAUUCAAGAAAGAGAUUCUGAACGAUGGCAAAACAAGGAACAAUUUUGCCAUUAUCGUCCAUGACGAUCACAAGCCAAGCACAAAAUAA